AUUGGAAUGUCAUUCAGAGAAUAAAUACGCCAUAAAGACACAAAAAUAAGGACAACAAAGAAAUUUUUCUCUGAUUUUAAAUAAGAAUUUGUGGCAUUAGUGAUUAGUGUUAAGCUUUAAAUAUGGCCUGGACAGGAUAUCAAGUAUUUCUAGCAUUACUGUUGGUUACUUGCGGUUCUAUAAAUACGAUUUCCACAAAAUGGACCGAUAAGAUCAAAUCGUUUGGAAAGGAUGAUACUACACCAAGACAGUUCAAUCACCCAUUUAUCCAAGCUUCCAUUAUGUUCAUGGGUGAAUUUUUAUGCGUAGUUGUAUUUAAAAUUCUUUUUUGUCGAUUACAACGAAAGAAUGAUGGAAGCGAAGAUCAACAUACUUUGACCAAAGGAAAUCGAAACUUUAGUCAGUUCAUUCUCAUGCCACCAGCUAUGUGUGAUCUUAUUGCAACUUCUACAAUGUACGUAGGACUUACAUUAACUUAUGCUUCAUCAUUCCAAAUGCUCAGAGGUUCUGUCAUCAUCUUUGUUGCAUUAUUCUCGAAAUUCUUUUUGGGUAGACAAUUAGGAUCAAGACGAUGGAUUGGAAUUUUAUUUAUCGCAGUCGGAUUAGCAGUUGUUGGAGUUUCGGAUAUGCUCUCGAAUGAUAAUAAGGGUGAUACAACAAAAAUCUUGAUUGGUGAUUGUUUGAUUGUAUUGGCUCAAAUUAUAACGGCUACACAAAUGACUUAUGAAGAGAAAUAUGUGGGAUCAUUAAAUAUUCCAAGUUUGCAAGCUGUUGGAUGGGAGGGAAUUUUUGGAUUUGUCGUCUUAUCGAUUCUUUUGGUUCCAAUGUAUUUUAUUCACGUGCCAUCAGUUUUUUCGAAUAAUCCAAGAGGCGUGUUAGAGGAUGCUAUAGAUGCAUUCUACAUGAUAAAACACAAUUAUAUGCUUUUAGUUCCAAUUACUGGAACUAUUUUCUCAAUUGCAUUCUUCAAUUUUGCUGGUAUUUCAGUAACAAAAGAAAUAUCAGCAACAACACGUAUGGUGCUUGAUUCAAUUAGAACAAUUGUCAUUUGGAGCGUCUCAUUGGCUAUUGGUUGGCAAAACUUCCAUCCAUUACAACUUCUCGGUUUUGCAAGUCUUUUGUUUGGCAUGUGCAUCUACAAUGAUAUAAUUGUGAUGAGACCAUUGAGAGCUAUAGGACGUUGCUUGUGUUGUCGUGCAUCAGAAGAUGAUGAAAUGCGCCAACCAAUUGUCAAUCAACAAGCUGAUCAAGCUUAAAUCUGUGACUUAUUUAAUUAAUUCUUUGCUAUGUGAAAAAGAAAAAUUCAAAAGUGAUGAGACUGGAAUAUUUGAAAGAACAUAUAUUAAUUUUAAUAUUCUUCUAUGAUCUGUUUUGCUAUUUAGGUAAAUAUUUUUUGAUUACUCAACAUAUUCGUUUCUAAUUUCAAUAGAUCAAUUUUUCCGAUAUUAUAUGACAUAGGUAGCCUUUUUGUUAUUAGAUAAUGUAUCCGAAAUUAAUGACGGUAAUAUAGAA